AUGCCUGACCCAAUGACUCUGCAGGAAGAAUCAGAUCACUUCUCCCCAUACCGAGCAGAUGGGAAACUUUAUGGCUUCGUCUGCGUCGUCACCGGCGCGGACAUGCCAGUUGGCGCUGCCAUUGCGACAGAAUUGGCCGCACACGGCGCAGCUUGUAUAUACGCAUGUACCGCAACCGACCAGCCUUCUAGCCUUCAAUCGAAUCUCUCCAAACUCUACCCAAACACCAAGGUCAUCUCCUACCCUUACUCCAUCUCCUCCGAACAAGACACGCUCGUCCUCAUUGACGAAGCUCUGAACGCCUGGGGCCGCCUCGACGUCUGGGUCUGUUCCUCUGGCCUGCUGGGCCCGCCUUCAAUCGACCAGACUACGCCGCAAGAUCUGCAGAAAUGCUUCGAGGCAAACAGUCUUGCGCCGUUCUUCGCCUUGAAAUACGCGCCCCAUGCGAUGCAGAAGACUACAUCAAAAGGGAACUAUCCUAACGCAGCGCCUAAAGAUCAGCGCUAUGGAAGUAUCAUUGUUGUGACGUCUACGGCGAGCACGUAUGGAGGAUGCUGGGGACCGUGCUUUACAAUGAGCUGCCACGCUGCCCUUGGCGUCGUCCGCUCGGGUGUCGCGGUCCUAAAAGGGACAGGCGUGCGCAUCAAUGCCAUCUCUCCCGGACAGAUCGAUGUUGGGGUUAGCCUCAACGGGUUCGAUGCAAAAGGUACCUUGAUGGGGUAUAAUACACAGUUGCCCCCUGCAGCUCUUCAAGGCUCAACGGCGCAAAAGAAUAACAUUGGACUCGAAAGGGCGGGGACCCCAGCAGAGGUUGGUAGGGUUGCUGGCUUUUUGGCCUCGGGGUUUAGCAGCUACAUCACAGGGGCAAACAUGGUCGUGGAUGGAGGAGCCAGUGUCAUGUGUCCAUUGAUGGUUCCCAUAUAG